CUUUUAGUGCAAUUCGAUGGCUCAAAGCUACCCCCAAGCCGACCAAUGGGCUCGCCCCUUACCACAUGAGAUUCUGCUCGCUUUCAACAACUUGUUUCGGAGUGGUUUAACCAUCGCUACUUUGCGAGAAGCCAUCAUCAAUGGUCGGGUGGAUAGAUUAUCGAACAGGAUAGAACUCAAGGCACUGAAAGCUUCGCGUCCUGAUGGUGGACGUGUCGGGCGGAGCCUGCUUUGGAAAUUGUUUCUCCUCCCAGGCUGUCCUCUGCUAGACGGAAACCCCGUCAAUGCCACCCUUUGUAUAUCGGAGCUACGAAGCGCCCGUCGUGCAUACUCGGACUUGGCGGCCGCGCGCUUAAGAGCGCCGGACGGCAGGGCCAUUCCCAGUUCGAGCACACAUGAAGACGCGACCGUAUCCAUGCCGCCUCAAUCCUCUACAGACGCUGGUGGCUGGGAAAAAAACAACCCAUUGAGCUUGGAUGCUGAAAAUCCCUGGCAGCAGUGGUUUGCUGAUCUAGAGUUGAGGAAAGUCAUCCGACAAGAUGUGGAACGAAUUUUCCCAGAGAUCUCAUACUUUUCGUCCCAAACCGUCCGAGAAAAUCUCACCGACAUCUUGUUCAUAUACUGCGUGACACAUCCCGAGAUUGGUUAUCGCCAAGGUAUGCAUGAGGUGGCUGGAACUAUUCUUUUGGUAGUGGAUAACGAUUCCAUCGAUUAUGGGGCUGGGAUAAAGGACGACGAGCUUCAGGAAUGUUGUGCUCGAAAGUCAGUGUCUGCCGAUGUUUACGCUGUCUUUAUGUCUCUCAUGGAAGGUGCCCAUCGCUGGUAUGAGUGGCGAGAACCUCGGCGGCGAGACGUCCGAGGGCAGCCUGAAAGCUGGACUGCCCCGAUUGUGCAUGUUUGUAGGAUGAUUCAAGAUCAAAUGCUCAGGUCUGUUGAUCCCGCAUUAUGGGCUCACUUGGACUCCGCCGGAGUUGAACCACAAAUCUAUGGCAUACGAUGGUUGCGCCUGCUCUUUACAAGAGAAUUCCCUCUCUCGACUGCUGUGGCUAUUUGGGAUUGCCUCUUGGCCGCAGAUCCAUCUUUAGAACUCGCCGAGUGGGUCUGUGUUACUAUGUUACUUCGCAUUCGAAACCAAUUACUUUCAACGGACGACUAUUCCACAAUUUUGACUUACCUCCUACAUUACCCCUCCCUCGACCAGGAUAUGCCAUGGUUGUUAGUCAAGCAAGCCGCAACCAUUCAUGAGAAUCCUGUGCCAACGACGGGUGUGACAGUAAUGCUUCAAAAUCGCGACAUUCUAGAAAUUGCCAUUGAAGCGAAGUCUUCGGGUUUCCGAGAGGCUGCCCCAACCCGACCCGGUGAGGGGAUGAGAACGGAACGCCCUCCGGAAAAAGCCCCUCUUGGCCUCACCGACGUAAUAGCUAAACAUCUCAUGGAGCGUACUGACGCUGUGACGCUGAAUCGAGCCUUCCUGUCCACUGUCACAGAGUUGCGGAAGGGCCUCCCAGAUCUCACUUCGACCCUUUCAAAAACGUUCAUGACUCAGCCUGUCCCCCUGGGAUCAACACCUGGGUCAACCAGUGAAGAUACGCUCAGGUCUGCACAGUUUGUUUCGUUGUACACCGAGCAAGAACGACUGGGCCACGCCGUUGGGUGGGCGAUCUCCGCUCUGAAGGAUAACCCGUCAUCACUUGAUGCAUUGCGUUGCCUAGAGACUGUACAGAAUGUGUUGCUGCGAAAAGUGCCUUUCGACGCAUCACGUCUUGAACCAGGCUUCUGGACCAAAGUGCCUUCACAAGCGACCGUUCCUCCUGAUGCCUUGUUCUGUCCAACAAAUCCUCGUACUAGCCUAUUCCCAAACAAACUCAGCGGUGGCAACACCGCACCUGGUGUGGUGGGCAUGAAUUCGCGUCUCCCUCGCGUCCAUGAUGCAAGGAUACCAGUGGAUCGGAGAGUACAAUCACAACCUGUCGUAUCGCCAAUGCCUCCAAUGCCACCUCCAAGUCAUGGAACGGUUAUGACAUCCCCUCAAGUAACAGAGAUACCCGAAGCCGCCAAUGGCUCUCAAAAUGAGUGCACCGUGGAACCUGCCAAGGGAGGAAGAACAGAGGAAGAUAGGCAGAAUUUACUGGAUCCUCUGGGGGUCUUGCGAAGAUAA